CGGCGGGGACAUAAUCGUCAAAUGUUUCUGCAAGGAGUAAUAUAGAAAUGGAAGGAAUAUGAUAGGCCGAGAAGGCAGUGUAAACAAGAUUUGGAACGCAAGAGUCGGGCGUGGGGGAUUUCGGAUUUCCUCCAUAUUCUCACACUCGCGUCCGAAGACUCAAACCCCAAUAAGAAAAUCCAAAACUUGUUUUGACUUUCAUUCUCGUUUUUCUCUUUCUCUUGCAUUUCCCAAUUCUGCCGUUGUUCCUUCGCAUUCAAGAUGCAGAAGUCUCAGGAUCAACGGCUAAGAUCUGCUAAGCCGGCCACCAUCCAUGCCUACGCUCAUUCCGGGGACCUUGCUGCCUUCCAGAGGCUACUUCGAGACAACCCGUCUCUCCUCAACGAGAGAAACCCUGUUAUGGCUCAGACUCCACUUCAUGUUUCUGCUGGCCACAAUAGGACUGAUAUAGUUAAAUUUCUUCUCAAUUGGCAAGGACCUGAUAAAGUUGAGUUGGAGGCCAAGAAUAUGUAUGGAGAGACACCAUUGCACAUGGCAGCAAAGAAUGGAUGCAAUGAAGCGACGAAGUUACUUCUCGCUCAUGGUGCUUUUAUUGAAGCUAAAGCAAAUAACGGCAUGACGCCUCUACAUCUUGCCGUCUGGUACUCUCUACGGGCUGAAGAGUGCUUAACUGUGAAAACCUUGCUUGAGUACAAUGCUGAUUGCAGUGCUAAGGACAAUGAGGGGAUGACUCCUUUAAAUCACCUUUCUCAAGGCCCUGAAAGUAAGAAACUUAGGGGACUUUUACAGCAGCAUCUUGAAGAACAGAGAAGGAGACGGGCUAUUGAAGCAUGCGGUGAAUCCAAAGCUAAAAUGGAUGAGCUUGAAAAUGAAAUUGCAAAUGUUGUGGGGCUACAUGAUUUAAAAGUACAAUUGAGAAAGUGGGCAAAGGGCAUGCUUUUGGAUGAGAGACGUAGAGCGCUUGGUCUGCAAGUUGGCCCCAGAAGACCCCCACAUAUGGCCUUCCUUGGAAAUCCGGGAACAGGUAAAACAAUGGUAGCUCGGAUCCUUGGUAAAUUACUCCAUAUGGUCGGAAUUCUACCAACUGAUAAAGUGACUGAGGUACAACGAACUGAUUUGGUUGGAGAGUUUGUUGGUCAUACCGGUCCAAAGACCAGGAGGAAGAUAAAAGAAGCAGAAGGGGGAAUCCUAUUUGUGGAUGAAGCCUAUAGAUUGAUACCAAUGCAGAAGGCAGAUGAUAAGGACUAUGGAUUGGAAGCCUUAGAGGAGAUUAUGUCUGUCAUGGACUCUGGAAAAAUCGUGGUUAUAUUUGCAGGAUACAGUGAACCAAUGAAGCGAGUGAUCGCUUCAAAUGAAGGUUUCUGCAGGCGGGUGACCAAGUUCUUCCAUUUUAACGACUUCAAUUCGGCCGAACUAGCGGAAAUCCUCCACAUCAAGAUGAGAAAUCAAGCAGCAGAAAGCUUGCUGUAUGGAUUCAAGCUGCAUAACUCAUGCAGUGUAGAAGCUGUAUCAGCAUUGAUAGAAAGGGAAACAACAGAAAAGCAACGCAAGGAAAUGAAUGGGGGUUUGGUGGACACUAUGUUGGUUAAUGCUAGGGAAAAUUUGGAUCUCAGGCUUAGCUUUGAUUGUAUAGAUACAGAAGAACUUCUUACCAUCACACUGGUAGAUUUAGAAGCUGGACUUUGCAUAUUAUCACAGUAAGCGACAUAUUCUGAAAUCUGAUAAUAUUCUGAAGAGGAAUAUUUCAGCAUACAUAUCCAUUCAUACAGUUGGAUGCUGCCGAUUAUUGUGGAAAUUCUUUUGUAUCUUUAGUUUUGUAAUUGAUUAUGUUGUAGUAUAUAUAGGCUGGGCUUAUUGUGCCCUUUGCUUUAUUUGCAUCAUCCAUUGUAUUCUUUGUAACUGAUUUAUUUUUCUCAAGUGAGCAAUAAAUCUCUUAAUGUUUGUGCUUACUCGGAAAA